AUGGAGUCUACUGUGGUGGCAGAUGGCGUGUCUGCCCCUCUCCCGGGCAGAUGUGCCUAUUUCGUGGAGAAGAAGAAAAGAUACUGUAAAAUGGUUGUUGGAAGUGGUAAAGCAUAUUGUGGCGAGCAUGCCAAUGUCGAUCAAGAAAGCGACAGAAAGAGAAUACCAUGCCCACUAGACCCUAAACACACAGUCUAUGAAGAUAUUCUGGCAAAGCACUUGAAAAAGUGCAACUCAAAGGAGAAACCCAAACCUGUUUAUUACGUGAAAGACAUUAAUGCUGGUCCAGAUACAGUCACACUCCCUGUGUCAGAUGAGGUAUCACUGGCUGACCGUUCCCAGAAGGAGAUGGAACAUCUGAUUCAGAAGCUUAAAAACGCUGUGAAAGGACUCGGUGUGAAACACAAGGAGAGCGUACUGUCCCACCGUGCUCUCCAAGAACCUUUGAAUGACCCGAAAAAUGGAGACUUCGCCUGUAAACACCUGAAGCAACAGGCUUCUAUUCUGGGGAACAUGGAGGCUCUGAACCUGCUUGGUCCCCACAGGUGUGUGGUGGAGUUUGGGGCGGGUAAGGGUAAGCUGUCCCACUGGAUCCACACGGCCCUGGGAACAGCGGAGGACGUCCACUUCCUGCUGGUGGAGAGAUCCACAACGCGCUUCAAAGUAGAUGGCAAGAACAGAAGUACAGACUCCACUUUUGAAAGACUCCAGGUGGAUAUUCAGCAUCUUGACUUGAGUAAAGUGUCCCUCCUCCAGGAAAAACACCUCCCUGUGGUAGGGGUUGGCAAGCACCUGUGUGGUGCUGCGACAGACUUGGCUCUUCGGUGCCUGCUGGAGAGAUCAGAACCAGGUGAUGAUGAUGAUGAUGAUGAUGAUGGUGGUGGUGGUGGUGGUGGUGGUGGUGGUGGUGGUGGUGGUGGUGGUGGUGGUGGCGACGAGCCGUCGAGUAAGCGCGUGAAAGCGGACGUCCCGGUGGAGGGCUCGGCGGCCAUCGCUCGGUCCAGGCAGCCGGAGGUUGGGGGCGUGGCCAUCGCUCUGUGCUGCCACCACCGUUGCGACUGGCGCCACUACGUGGGCCAAGAGUUCUUCCGCCAGCGCGGCCUCGGGGCGGCCGAGUUCGGGGCCUUCCAGCGCAUGUCCAGCUGGGCCACGUGCGGCAUGAGCCGAGCCGGCGGGCACAGAGAGGGCACGACCGUGGACACCACGGUGGGCACCAAGGGCCCUGACAACAUCGCCAAGGAAGAGGAGGAAGAACACGAGGGAGGAGAAGAGACCGGACCAGACAGUCUGGACAGCAGCUUGUCUGUGGAGGAGCGCGAGCACGUCGGCCGGCUGUGUAAGCUGCUGAUUGACCAGGGCAGAGUCCACUACCUGCAGCAGCGAGGCCUGGAGGCCGACCUGAGGUGCUACACCACUCCGGACAUCUCGCUGGAGAAUGUGCUGCUCACCGCAGUGCCCCACCCCGGCCACACAGGGGCACCACUGCUAAUAUAGCAAGGGACCCCGCUUACGUCAUCAAGAGGGGACAGCGUCUCCUCAGACUUGUUUUUGUUUGCUCCUCCAAGGGAAAUGGCGUGCCAGAGACAAUCCCUCUGAUUGGCCAAUGAGGCAGCUGAGUUUCAUCCAUGUUCUGUUUGUUUGGAGGUGUGGUGGAUAUGAAGUUAUCAGAAAAAGACCCCUAAGUGUCGUCACUGGCGUGACAUCAAACACACAACACUGGGCAAGCAUCAGCUGAAGGGUGAACAAAACACACAAACGACGACAAAUACACAUUCUCCUGCCAACGACAACUACAGAUACACACUUUUUUUGCUGACAUCGUCAAGUCAUGAGCCAUUCAGUAGGGGCUUACAAGAGGCGUGUGUUCAAAAGUGACAAGAAGGACAAGACAAGAACAUGGCCACCAGGAGGACAGGACAAGAACAUGGCCGCCAGGCAGGAAGCAGGAAGGACGGGACGAGGACAUGGCCGCCUGACAGGAAGCAGGAAGUGCAGAGGCCAACAUGGAGGACAAUCAGGAGAGUGGCGGCGUCUCACACACACCUUCCAGCGUCACGUUCAGCACGGACGUAAACGUGGCCUGGGACUCUGCAACACACACGAGACAUGAGACAUGUUCAGCACACACAUGACAUGCAUACACACAACACAUAUUUACACAUAUUUUUCACAGUGAUUUGUGCCUGUUUAAGCAGUGUGUGUGUGUAUGUGUGUGUGUACACACACAAGUGUGUGUGUGGAUGUGUGUGUGGAUGUGGAUGUUAGUAGUAGUCUCUCAGGUGUGUGUGUGUGUGUGUGUAUGUUUAGUCUCUCAGGUGUGUGUGUGCGUGCAUAUGGGUGUGUCUAGUCUCUCAUCUGAGUGCAUUGUGUGUGUGUGUGUUUAGUCUCUCAUCUGUGUGUGUGUGUGUGUGUGUGUGUGUGUUUAAUCUCUGGUCUCAUCUGAGCGAACGGUGCAUGUUGAACACGGCGAGACCUCGUUUGCGCGACUCUCUGAUGUACAGCUCCAUGAACUCUCGUCCAAACAUCUCCCGGUCGUCGUCCUCCUCCGGGUCCUCGGCCUGCACCUCCGGUAGCGUCAGGUCCCACGUCAGAGGGUUGUCACGGAAAUUCACAAACCUGCCCACACAAAUGUCUCAUUUUAGGAUUUUAAUUUUACCCAUCAUCCAGACUUUAUUUUACAUUAAAGUACAUAUAUUGUGUCA